AUGUCCGGGCGCCUCGGAGCCAGCGAGCACCGGCAGCGCUCGGAGCGAGCAGCGCGGGCCGAGCAUCCCCGAGCGUCCCCGAGCAUCGCAGCGCGGCCGGGACACCGCGGCUCCAGCAGCGCCUCCCCCGUGCGGAGCAUGAGCCGAGCGGGCAGCGGGACCCCCGGGAGCCCCGGGAGCCGAGGGGCAGCGCUGGUGCUGGCGCUGGCGCUGGCGGCGCUGCCCGCGGCCGUGUCCGGCUGCAGCUGCGCGCCCGCGCACCCGCAGCAGCUGCUGUGCGAUGCUGCGCUCGUUAUACGAGCAAAAAUAACCAGUGAAAAGGUGGUUCCUGCCAGUGAUGAUCCCCUUGAUACCCACAAAAUGAUCCGGUAUGAAAUCAAACAAAUAAAGAUGUUUAAAGGAUUUGAAAAGCUCAAGGAUGUCCAGUAUGUCUACACCCCUUUUGAUUCAUCACUCUGUGGAGUGAAACUAGAAGCCAACAACAAAAAGCAGUACCUUCUAACAGGCCAAAUUUUAAGUGAUGGCAAAGUGCUGAUCCACUUGUGCAACUACAUUGAGCCCUGGGAUGAUUUAUCCUUGUCUCAGAAAAAGAGCCUGAACCAGAGGUACCAGAUGGGCUGUGGCUGCAAGAUCACCACGUGCUACAUGGUGCCCUGCUCCAUCACGGCGCCCAACGAGUGCCUGUGGACGGACUGGCUGAUCGAGCGGCGGCUCUACGGGCACCAGGCGCGGCACUACGCCUGCAUCAAGAGGAGCGACGGCACCUGCAGCUGGUACCGGGGGGGCCCUCCCCCCGAGAAGGAGUUCACCGACAUCAGCGAGCCCUGAGCGCCCGCCCGUCCCAGAAGCAGCGCCCUGGGAGGCUCCAUCCACCCACCCGCCCCGCAGCCGCCGCUCCGAGCUGCCCGCGUACCUCGCUCACACCCAGCGCCGGCUGUCCCCAAAGGCUCUGCGCGGCUGGCACGAGGGACAGCCCUCCUGGAGGCACCCGCUCUGCUCUGUUAUGCUUUGCACAGAGGGCUGGCGACGUCCUCCGAGGCACAACAAAUUCCCUUUUUGCCAAUAUGAAUGUACAAGAACAAAUUUUUGCCAGAAUUUUGACCCCCCUGUCUUGAUAACCUGCAGAUUAAGAGCUCCCCGUGUUUUAUUCCAAAUCUUUCCGAUGAACUACGGAAUGUUUUAUAGAACUGUAUUUUUUUUUUUUUUUUCUGUAUGAAAGUCUUGGAUACGAAAGAAUUAUUGUACAGUGUAUAUGUAAAGUAUUAUAACAAUGUGCUAUUAAAAAAAAAAAAAAGAUUCACAAAUAUUUCCUUAUCUGUUGAAACGAGUUGAACACUUCUGUGAUUAAAACAAUCUAUGCUCCA